GUUACGCAGUCGUAGGUACCGGUUCUGUAAGGUUCACUCAGUGUUUAAAAACUCGCUUGGAGGUUCGACAUCAUUAUAACUACAAUUAUGUUCAUUUAUUUGCUCUUGUUUAUUAUUUUGACUGUGUUCUGUUUAUGUUUGCGAUAUGUGAGUGCGCGUUUAAAUAAAUUAGUGCCUACCAUACCGAAUGCUAUGUCUAUUCUUGAAAUCGGAUUUUAUAAUAUCAAUAUGAAAGAUAUAUUUAAAAAAAUCACUCACAUAGGUGAAUGGACGAAUACAAAUGGCGGCGUAGCAAAAUUUACAUUAGGACCAAUUAUAAUAUAUGUUAUAUCAUCGGCAGAGGACCUGACGACAGUUUUAACCCGAAGCCUGGACAAAAUGUUCAUUUACGAUCUGAUAAAACCUUAUGUUGGAGCUGAACUUGUCGCCGCUAGUGUGCCGGUUUGGAAACGCAAUAGAAGAAUGUUGGACAUGGCGUUCAAACCACACAUUUUAGACGGUUACCUUGAAUUGUUCAACCAGCAAGCGGUGCGCCUUACUGGAAUCAUGGCCAACCACGUUCAUAACGAAAUGGACUUUACUAACGUCAUAACUCGAAAUGUUUUGGAAACUAUAAGCCAGACCACGAUGGGUAUGAAAAUAGAUGGGGAAGAUUUGAUAACUGACAGUUACACCAAAGCAGUGGACAAGGUGAUGGGAACUAUAACCGACCGAUUCAGAUACCCUUGGAAUAUAUUAGAUUUUAUAUUUAACUUCAGUACUUUGAAGAAGGAGCAAGAUGAAGCGCUGAAAAUAAUAUGGAGUUUAUCCGAACAGAUGGUCAAACAGAAGAAAGAAGAAAUCUUAAACAGACAGAAUAAUAAAAUAGACUACGAUAAUAAAGAGAAAAAGUUUCAAAGUUGUCUAGAAAUAAUUCUUGAGAACACAAUAAAAGGAGAAAGCGAUAAUAUGUUAACUGACACACAACUAAGACAAAUAAUGGAUAACCUCAUGCUUGCGGGCUUCGAUACAACUGCACCUACAAUCUUGCUUAUAUUGGUGUGUAUCGGCAGCUAUCCGAAUGUCCAGCAGAAGUUGUAUAACGAGAUUGUAAAUGAACUUGGUAAAGAAACAAGGGAUAUCCGGAAAGAGGAUUUGACAAAACUGCCAUACUUAGAGGCGGUGAUAAAAGAGACGUUGAGACUGUAUCCUGCUGGUACGGUUGUCGCUCGGACCACUACAACUGAGGUACGACUGGAACACUACACAAUACCUGCUGGGUGCCACAUUAUGGGUCACAUUUGGGCGUUAAAUCGGAAUAAGGAAUAUUGGGGCCCAGAUGCCGAUGAAUUCAAACCAGAGCGAUGGCUGGAUGGAUCUGCGCCAAAACAUCCAGCUGCCUUCGCGUCUUUUUCACCUGGAAGGCGGAAUUGUAUCGAAUUUUGGCAUCAAUUUAAAAACAUCACUUCCGAUUGCAUGAAAAUGGGACACGUAAGUUAUAUCUACAUGGGUCCCUACAAAUUUUAUGUUCUAUCAGAUCCCGACGACAUAUAUAAACUGUCCAAUAUAUGUUUGCAAAAGGACCGAUUCAGUUACGAGUUCACAAAAGAACUACUCGGGGAUGGCUUACUGUUUUCGCCAGUGUCAACGUGGAAAAGACAUAGAAAGUUAAUCAACCCGACAUUCAACCAGCAAAUUCUCGACGGGUUCAUGUCAAUCUUCAACAGCCAAGGGAGACGCCUCGUGUCGCAACUGGCAAUGGAAGUGGGCAAAGGAUCCUUUGAUCAUUCACCAUACGUACGUCAGAAUUUCAUGGAGACAAUAUGUUUGACAGCAUUGGACGACUCUAUCAACGAGGAAGAAGCACUCAACUACGUGAGAUCCUUCGAAACUUACAUGAACUGCAACAUAUCAAGAUUCCACAGGCCCUGGCUUUAUCCAGACAUUCUGUACAGCUUCAGCAGUAUAAAGAAGAGACACGAUGAGUGUGUUAAAGUUCUUAACAGAGUAUGUGAUUCGGUGCUGCAAAAGAAACGAGCUCAGCGAAAGCUAAAUAAAUCUUCUGCGAAUAAAGACCACAAUGGGCCGAAGCUGAAAGUGUUUAUGGAUUUACUAAUGGACUUAGACGAAGGGCAAUUGACGGACCGAGAGAUAAGAGAUGAGAUGAACACAAUCAUCAUGGCGGGACACGAUACGUCAGCGAACGUUACAGUGUUUGCUUUGCUUUUGAUCGGAUCCUAUCCUGAAGUGCAAGAGAAAAUAUUUAAAGAAUUAUGUGAAGUUUUUGGAGGCACAGACCGAGACGUGGAAAAACAAGAUUUGUCAAGGCUUGUUUAUUUGGAAGCAGUUCUUAAAGAAACCAUGCGGUAUUAUGUGAUGGCGCCCUUCGUUGGUAGAUUUCUUGAUCAGGACGUGGAAUUAAAAAACUACACAAUCAAAGCUGGGCACGAUUGCAUGUUGCUGCUGUAUGGUAUUCAUCGCAACCCACUGUGGGGUCCGGAUGUGGACGACUUCCGGCCCGAGAGAUGGUUGGAUCCUGCGACUCUACCCAAAAAUCCUAAUGCCUUCGUUGGAUUCAGCCUCGGGAAAAGAAACUGUAUAGGAAAAGCCUACGCAAUGAUGUCAAUGAAAGCACAGCUAAGCCAUGUCCUCCGCCGGUACAGGAUACGCGCAGACCAUACCAAGCUUGUGGUAAAGCUGGACGUCCUACUCAAACCGGUGGCGGGACACUUCGUUUCUAUUGAGGACAGAUUAAAAUUAUAAAUGACUGA